AGCCUCGACUUGAAGAUAUGGUCAUAGAUCCGAAGCUAAGGACUCAACAGAUGUUGGACAGCUAAAGCAAAAAUGGCCAUAGACGUAGACAAAUGGAUUGAGAUCACAAAAGAAUGCAAAUAUCUGCCUGAAAAUGAUCUGAAGAAAUUAUGUGACUAUGUCAGUGACCUGCUUCUUGAAGAAUCAAAUGUUCAACCAGUGCAGACUCCUGUCACUGUUUGUGGUGACAUACAUGGCCAAUUUUAUGACCUAGAGGAGCUGUUUAGAACAGGGGGCCAGGUUCCGGAUACAGCUUACAUUUUCAUGGGUGACUUUGUAGACAGAGGUUACUAUAGUUUGGAAACAUGGACAAGGCUUUUAACAUUAAAGGCUAAAUGGCCAGACCGCAUAACACUUUUAAGAGGAAAUCAUGAAAGUAGACAGAUAACUCAAGUCUAUGGAUUUUACGAUGAGUGCAUGUCAAAGUAUGGCAAUGCAAAUGCUUGGCGUUAUUGUUGUAGAGUUUUUGAUCUUCUCACCAUUGCUGCAAUUAUUGACGAAGAAGUCUUGUGUGUCCAUGGGGGCCUUUCUCCAGAUAUCAGAACUAUAGACCAGAUAAGGACAAUAGAAAGAAAUGUAGAAAUUCCUCAUAAAGGAGCAUUCUGUGAUUUGGUUUGGUCAGACCCUGAAGAUGUUGAAACCUGGGCCGUUAGUCCACGAGGUGCUGGGUGGCUGUUUGGUGCAAAGGUAGCGAAUGAGUUUAUUGCAGCGAAUAAGCUAAGCCUGAUCUGCAGAGCUCACCAACUUGUACACGAGGGUUACAAGUACAUGUUUGAUAGCCAUCUGGUCACUGUAUGGUCUGCGCCAAAUUACUGCUAUCGUUGUGGUAAUAUUGCGGCAGUCCUUGAAUUCACAGAUGCAAAAACCAGAGAAGCGAAACUCUUUAGUGCUGUUCCUGAUGCAGAGAGAGUUGUGCCUCUCAGAAAUGCUUCACCUUACUUCCUUUGACGUCAUAUUUUUUCUCUGUUUAGUGAUAAUGUGUAGAAUUAUUUACCUAUUGUAUCUUUUCCCUAAUAGAACCUCCUGACAGUAGUGAUGUCUUUGUUCCCUCAAUGCACAGCCGCAUGUCUUCAAUAUAGAUAUACCAGCCAGUAGUACAAGCUAACCAACUCUCAAUAAGUUACUCUUUUGCUUCUUUUAGUUUCAUUUUUAAUCACGACCACCAGCAUGGAAAUUUUUGUCAUUGUCAUUUUCAGUAGUCGAAAGAAUGGCUGUAUUUUUCCUUACCAAGCAAAUUUAAUUGAUAAAAGACCCAACAUGGUUACCUGAAAUGCGAUCGACAAAAAAGCAACGUACAAUCAUGUCCAACCUAAACAAGCCAUAGCCUCUUGCUUAAAUUACUUUCUUUCUCCAUAUGUGCUUUAAAGCUUUUACCUCUGUUAUGAGAAACUUUUUUAUUUCUAUUCAUAGAAUCUGUAAAUAUUCAGUAAUCAAAACACGAGAUCAUUGACAAUAACAA